AUGGCAUCACGCGAAAAUUCAGAACUAGUGGGGAAUAUAAAUCCAGAAGAUAUUCCAGACCUUGGCUCUGAUGAUGAACCAUGUGUUGAUGAUGUUGAGCCACCGACUGAGGAAGAGAUGCAAUUAUGGUGGUCAGCAAGGUACGACAGCAGCCUUGUUAAGCCUAUUAAAGAGCCUCUCACUGCACCUUGGGGUCUAUCAGUCAGCAGCAAAGAUUUAGAGAAGCUUAAGGCUGGGUUUCGAACACGUUCUAUGGAUGAUAAGUGGGAUCUACUGGUUGAGGACCCUAAUGAACAAGGCAAUAUUUCUCUACAUAUUCUUCGAAACUGGGCAUACGCUGAAUACUUUAUACUUUAUAUUGUGAGUAAUGAAGACAGCGGGGGUGCAGUGAUUCAAGAUAUUACCUGGGAAGGGAAUAAUGAUGGGUUUCGAUGUGAGGUAGAGCAAGCUCAGAAGGAAGCUGUGGUAUUGUGCAGACUCUUCCUCAAAUGCGAGUUUGAGACGGUCCCUCAAUACCCUUCCUCGGUUAUAUGGAGCCCUGAAGGUUACAAGAAACUGGAGGCGCAACAGGACCACUCUGCCUAG